AACCAUUGCCCUCCAGACCAGGGGACAGGAAGUCAUUGAUGCUGACUCAUGCCAGGGUUUAGGACUCAUUCCUGCACCUCUCUAUGACCUUUAUAACUUCUCUGAUAUCCUGCAGACAGAUGUUUGACGCUCUCUUCUGGUUUCAGUCUAGUUUGGACCGCACAGACAUCGGCACUCUGCUGAUCCCCAACAUCCAGAGGUCAGACUCAGGGACCUACAUGUGUGUGGGCAGCAACAGCGUGGGCUCCAACAGCUCACCCCUCAAGGUGUCCGUGCUCAAAGCAGACCACGUCUCCUCAGCGGUCAGCAUCCAGCCCUCCAUCGCUGACGUUCAGGAGGGUCAGAGUCUGGAUCUCAGCUGCUUCGCCCCCGGAAACCCCCCCCCUCAGGUGACCUGGAGCAAGGCCAGCGGACGCCUGUCCUCCAACCACCAGAUGGAAACUAGCUAUUAG